AUGGGCACCACUACUCAAGAAAAUUUCCCUCUCACCAUACCGGAAUGGAGAGAGGCACAGGAGGCCGGGGGCGGCCUUGUCCGUCUUUUGUCGCUUCGUGAGUCUGAAGCGAGGUUGAACUCAAAUGCGUGGAUUGCCCUGGCCACCCAACUCCAGAUCGAGCAGCAAUGGGCUUACGCCGAAUCCCUACGCAUAUCGGGUGCUUCACUGCCACUCUUCGGAGUUCCAUUUGCGGCCAAGGACAACAUCGACGUCGCCAGCUUCCCUACAACCGCUGCCUGUCCCAGCUUUGCAACUGGGCCUGUGGACAGGGAUGCCACCAUCAUCGCCCGCCUCAAGGCAGCCGGUGCCAUUGUGCUUGGCAAGACCAACCUUGACCAAUUCGCCACGGGCCUUGUGGGUACGAGGUCGCCGUAUGGUCCAGUGGCCAACUCCUUUGACCCCACGAGGGUCAGUGGUGGUUCAAGUUCUGGAAGCUCCGUGGUCGUUGCAAGGGGCGCCGUUCCCUUCUCCCUGGGUACCGACACCGCUGGCAGCGGUCGCGUGCCUGCCGGGCUGAACAACCUGUUAGGAUUGAAGCCUACAAGAGGGGCCCUCAGUACAACCAGAGUGCUGCCGGCUUGUCGCAGUCUGGACUGCGUCUCCAUCUUCGCUCUCACAGUCGACGACGCUGAGGCAGUCUUGGCCGCAGCCGAGGGCUUCGACCCGGAAGACUCCUUCUCUAGAGCUCGUCCUGACACGCCUAGUAUAGUCAAGGGCCAUCGCAUGGCAAUCUGCGACAGCCCUCCAUGGUUCGGUAAGGCGGAGCAAGCGGCAGCCUAUGCGCAGGCUCUGGUCAAGGCAGAGAACAUCGGGUGGACCCUUGAGCCAAAGGAUUUCUCCCCACUCUUCAAGCUCGCCAGCCUGCUUUAUGAGGGUCCUUGGGUGGCUGAGCGUUACGCUGCUAUCAGGGACUUCAUAGAGAAACACGAAGACAAGAUGGACCCAACUGUGCGAGAAAUCAUCCUCAAAGCCAAGGGCUUCAAUGCGGCGGAUCUCUUCGCGUCCGAAUAUCUUCGCCAGGACCUUACCCGUGAGAUCCAAGACAAUUUCGGCCACUUUGACGCUAUCCUCGUUCCUACCACUCCCACCUUCCCUACGAUCGAGGAUCUCGCUCGUGAGCCGAUCAAGGAGAAUGCCUACCUUGGCACUUACACCAACUUCGUCAACUUUAUGGACUGGACCGCCCUGGCGAUUCCUGCUGGCUUCAGGUCGGAUGGACUGCCGUUCAGUAUCACGCUGAUCUCAUCGACCUGGGAUGAACCCAAGCUGCUCGCUAUGGCCCGAGAAUGGCUCUCUACCGAGCCCCGACCAUUAGGCGCAACCAAGGUGGAAACGCUUGAAGCACGCAACUCUGUCGCUAUCGUCGGGAGCGAGCCGAAGACGACUCGUCUUGUGGUGGUAGGUGCUCAUCUGACGGGGUUCCCUCUGAACAAAGACCUGACGUCUCGUGGAGGAAAACUAGAAACAGCCACGACGACCUCCCCAAACUACAAGUUAUAUUCUCUCAGCUCCAGUGGUUCAGUGAAGAAGCCAGGGUUAAAGCGCGUCCUAAAUGGCGGAAGUGCUAUUCAGGUCGAAGUCUGGAACCUGCCUAUAGCGGAGUUGGGCGGCUUUUUGAGCACAGUUUCCUCGCCUCUCGGAAUUGGCUCCGUUGAGCUUGCGGACGGAAGCUGGGCUCUCGGGUUCAUAUGUGAGCCUUACGGACUCGACGAUGCUACCGACAUCACAUUGUUCGGAGGCUGGCGUACAUUUAUCACAUCACUCACUUCUGGAGCCCCUCUUCCAGAAUCUAAAUCGACAGUCAGUGCCAUCAAGUCUGUUCUCAUUGCGAACCGUGGAGAGAUUGCUGUUCGUAUCAUCAAAACCUUGCACUCACUGGGACUGAAAGCCAUCUCAAUCUACGCUGCUUCCGAUUCUCGCUCGCCCCAUGUUCGCAAAGCCGACAUCUCGCUUCCCCUCGAAGGCAAAUCGGUCUCGGAAACUUACCUCAACGGUGUGCAGAUCAUCGCGCUCGCGAAGUGUGCCGGUGCAGACGCCAUCAUUCCAGGUUACGGUUUCUUGGCCGAGAAUGCUGAUUUUGCCUCUGCAGUAGAGGCAGAGGGCAUGAUCUGGAUCGGGCCAACAGCAGACCAGAUGAGACAACUUGGGCUGAAGCACCUUGCUCGUGAUGUAGCCGUUGGAGCUGGGGUCCCUGUUGUUCCGGGCAGUAAACAACUACUCAAGAGUGCAGAAGAGGCUGUCGCCGAGGCAGAGCGCAUCCAGUAUCCUGUGAUGCUGAAAAGCACUGCCGGCGGUGGCGGGAUUGGUCUGGAGCGCUGCAAUGAUUCUGCUUCGCUCGUCGAGGCAUUCGACAGUGUCCAGAGAUUGGCGCAGGCUAAUUUUGGCGAUGCUGGUGUCUUUGUGGAGCACUUCAUCGAGAACGCCCGUCACAUCGAGGUGCAAGUCAUUGGUGACGGAUGUGGCAACGUCACGUCGGCAGGCGAGCGAGACUGCUCCUUGCAAAGACGGAACCAAAAAGUCAUCGAGGAGAGUCCUGCCACAUUCGUACCACCAGAUGUUCGAAGUAGGAUGCGCCAAGCCGCUGUGGAUCUUGCCUCUGCUGUCAAAUACCGCAACGUCGGCACCGUUGAAUUUAUCUACGACGUCGACACCUCGGAGUUUUACUUCCUCGAAGUCAACACCCGACUGCAAGUUGAGCACCCGGUGACGGAGUCUGUGACUGGCCUGGACUUGGUUGAAUGCAUGAUUCGCGUCGCGUCUGGCAACAGUAAGGACAUUUUCGCCGACAACCCAAGAGGCUUUGAGAUGAGGGGCAGCUCCAUUGAGGUACGCAUCUACGCAGAAAGCCCGCUUCAAAACUUUCGUCCCUCUCCCGGCCAUCUUCUGGAUGUAUCGUUCCCAGAAGGCGUACGUGUCGAUGCUUGGGUUAUGGCCGGUAUGGAGAUGUCAUCGUCCUACGAUCCGCUUGUAGCCAAAAUCAUUGCCACGGGCGAAAAUCGAGCGGCGGCGGUUGCGAAGCUGGCUGAUGCCCUGGAGCAAACGGUGAUAACGGGCGUUGAGACGAACUUGGAAUACGCCCGCUGCAUUGUCGCAUCGGAUAUGUUCAGAUUCGGGGCUUUCACCACGAACUCGCUCGACAGCUUCCCGUUCGAUGCGCCCAUCCUCGAAGUCGUUGACCCAGGCACUCUCACUACUGUUCAAGAUUACCCAGGCCGCAAGGGGCUAUGGCACGUUGGCGUUCCGCCAUCGGGACCCUUCGAUAACUAUUCUUUCAGGCUUGCCAACAGAUUAGUUGGCAACGACUCCCGCGCCGCUGGCCUCGAGUGCACUAUCCACGGACCCAACCUUCUCUUCCACUGCGAUGCUGUUGUAGCUGUCACAGGGGCCUUCGUCGAAGUCAGGCUUGAAAAUGCCUUUGUUCAGCCGAACACAUGCAUCGCUGUCCGGAAGGGACAGAGGCUCUCGAUUGGUACCGCAACAUCCGGGCAUCGUAGCUACAUUGCCAUCCGCGGGGGCAUUGCCGUUCCCCAGGUCUUCAACUCGCGCUCCACCUUUGCCCUGGGUAAAAUCGGCGGUCACAAUGGACGAAGCUUGAGAUCCGGUGACCUCAUAUCAUUAGGCCGCAUGGCCGCUACAUUUCCAUCGGUUGCUUCUGGGCCCUCCAUACCCCUCCCAGCCGACCCAAACAAUGCCUACUGGUCUAUCGGUGUCGUCCCUGGACAACACUCCGCACCUGAGCACUUCACCGAGCAUGGCUUCAACACACUCUUUGAUGGUGAGUGGACAGUUCACUACAACAGCAACCGCAUCGGCAUCCGGCUCGACGGUCCCAAGCCACAGUGGGCCCGGCAAACGGGCGGCGAAGCAGGCUUGCACCCGUCCAACAUCCAUGAUAGCCCCUACUCCGUUGGCAGUGUCAGCUUUACUGGUGAUGAAGCCGUCAUCCUUACCUGCGACGGACCCAGUCUCGGCGGCUUUGUCGUCUUCUGCGUUGUAGCUUCAGCCGAAAUGUGGAAACUCGGCCAACUCCGCCCAGGUGACAAGGUGAAACUCCAGCCCAUCACCGUUGACGAUGCUUUGUUUCUUGAAUCCGCCCUUGAGAAGUCCAUCGCCGACCUUACACCCCUGGCGGUGGACGUGACUCCCCUUGCAAGCAACCCAACAACACCAGACCUGAACCCCCUCCUCGGUGACAUCGGCAGCGCAGGCCGGCGCAUCACCGUCCGUCAGGCCGGCGACAACGCCAUGCUCCUCGAGUUCGGCACCGAAGACGUCUUCUCGCUUCGCCAGAGUUUCCAGAUCUUCUCCUUUAUCGCCCGCCAUAAGACACACCCCAUCCCAGGCGUUCUCGAGCUCUCCCCUGGGGUUCGCACAUUACAUGUGCAAUAUAUAUCUAAAGCCCUGCCCGCGACGAUUCUCUCCGCCCUCCGCGCGCAUGAGGCCUCCCUAGGCGACGCGGUCCCCUCCUCCAUCUCCUCUCGUACAUUACACCUGCCUCUAGCUUUCGACGACUCCGUCUCCCGCGCCGCUGUAGCCCGCUAUGUGGCCACCAUUCGUGCAACGGCGCCUUGGCUCCCGAGUAACGUCGACUUUCUCCAGCACCUCAACGCCCUAGACUCACCCGCAGGCGUCGAGCGCAUCUUCCUCGACGCCACUUUUCUAGUGCUGGGCCUCGGCGACGUCUUCCUCGGCUCCCCCUGCGCCGUGCCCCUGGACCCUCGCCACCGCCUGUUCGGGACAAAGUACAAUCCCUCUCGCUCUUUCACACCGCGCUCAGCUGUUGGAAUUGGCGGGCAGUACAUGUGCAUUUACGGCAUGGAUUCGCCUGGCGGGUACCAGCUCGUGGGGCGCACGGUGCCCAUCUGGGACGACGUCACCGCCUCCGCUGUUGUGUCACGGGGUGACUCCAAGCCCUGGCUGUUCCGCCUCUUUGACAGGAUAUCCUUCUACCCCGUCCCGGAAGCUGAACUUGACGCUGCCAUCGCCCAGGAUCAGAUAGCGGACCUCAUCAAAGUCGAAGAGGGCAGCCUCGACCUCGAGGCAUACGAAUCCUGGCUGGAGGCCAACAAAGCCGACAUCGAGGCCACCCGCAAUCUCCGUGCGGAAGCGAUCCGCAGCGCGCCCUUUAUGGAGGAGUUGCUCCAGCCUUAUAACCCGCCUGAGGCCGAGAGGCGCGGCGUCUUUGGGGAGGAAGGCCAGGUCGACGUGCCGGGCGAGAGGGUCAAGGCUCAAAUGCCGGGCCGGUGCUGGAAGUGCGACGUCAAGGCCGGGGACGAGGUACAGGUCGGCGACGCGCUGGUGUGGAUCGAAUCGAACAAGAUGGAGGUCAAGAUUGGGAGUCCGGUCAAGGGUAGAGUCGCUAAGAUGCUGGUUGCGGAGGGUGACAUUGUUGAGCCGUACGACGACUUGCUCAUUGUUGUGACGCAGUGA